AACACAGGAAAGAAGAAAGGAGAGAUUUGCACUGUGGCAUUAACACGGCACGUAAGCUUUAUUGAUAUCCUAAGAAAAGAGGCGAGGAGGAAGACAAUACAUCCAGAGCCGAGGCUUACACAGCUAUACAGCAGGCACACCCCACUGAGCAAAAAAAAAAAAAAAAAAAUCAAAUUUGCAAACACCCAUAUCACACUCACAUCUGGAUCAUACCGUAAGACGCGUGCACCCUGCCACACCCUCACACACAGCCUGACACUGCUACAUAGCCACACGACACGCUGACUGGCACAGGGCAAGAUGUCAGACAAUGAGGACACACAGAGACCUGAAGGCUGUGAGGAGACCACCUUCGAGGACAAACUGGAGGAGACCCAGAGACUGACCACCCAGUGGAGUGUGGAAGAUGAGGAGGAGGCUGCCAGGGAGAGGCGUAGACGAGAGCGGCAACAACAUUACCCCGGCAGUGAGGGGCAAUCUCCAGAGGAUGUUAAUGAUGAGGCCUCUCCAUCAGAUGGGCAUAUGGGACUGAAGCCAUCUGGAGCUUGGGAAACUGAGGAAGAUGAGGGAUUUAGUGACUGGUCACAGAAGUUGGAGCAGAUGAAGCUGAAAGGAGCAGUUCAAGCAACAGAAGAAAGAGAAGAAUCCAGACAAGAAGAACAGAGCAGAGUUGUAGAAAAUACAGAAAAAGAUGAAGAUCAACAGCCAAAAGCAGAAGAGGAAGAAGAUGAAGGGACUUCUCGCUAUGAAGCAGCUGAGGUGAAUUAUGAAGGACAAAUAAGCAACUACGAACACAGUAGCCACGAGGAUGUCGCCUCCAACCAAUGGGAAACUAGAGAGUCUAAUGAUAAUGAAGAAGAGAACGAGACACCAAAUCCGUAUCUAAGUGAAGAUGCUCCCAGCUUCGAGCUAGAAAGAGGAAGAGAAGAAGAAAAGUUUGAGCCUUACAAUGAUCAGAGAGAGUCACACAAUGAGAGCUGGCGAUCGGAAGAAGUGAAAAGCCAGGCAGUGAGCAGUGAUGGAGAGGACAAUGAAGCCAAUAUUACAGUUACAGAGAGAGCAGAGGUUCUGAGCCGCUCCAUCCAGAAGAGCAAUAGCAUUAAGAGAAGUGAGCCACCUCUCCCAAUAAGCAAGAUUGAUGACCGCCUGGAGCAGUACACACAUGCUAUAGAGACGUCCUCCAAAACAGGCCGCUUGGCGCGGACACCAUCUCUAGAACUGCUGAGUCCCACAGAUGCAGUAGCAAACAAGAAGAAUAUGUGGGAAUCAGGAGAGGUCACCACGGCCUCUAAGUCAUCUCCUUGCAAGGACACAGAAGGCAUAAACAUUGGUGUAUCAGAGAUGAUCAACCAGUGGGGUAAAGGAAAAUCUGAACCAGACCAUACAACAUCUCCAAAAGUCUCCGAGGUGAAGCCGGGAGAAGUUCUCAGCAAAAAGAGCUUAUGGGAGCACAAUGCCAAGUCAGAACAGAGUAAUAAGAGCAUGACAGCAAAAUACAAGUUUGUUCCAACUGGACAUGGAAAAUAUGAGAAGGUCAGGGUGGAGGAGCCUUGAUGAGAACCCUGAAUGAACAUGAAAUAACAAGAGGAGCAACACCCGUCUAUCUAAUGCUGAAAUAUGGAGUCCUGCAGCCUUCUCUCAGUCUGGAUGCAUCAAUUCCACCCUUUAAGCUUUCGCCCUGUGUUUUUUCGGAGCUAUGUAUUAAAGUGCUACAAGUCACAUGACAGCUCCGCUCUGGAGAAUGAGCUUCACAAACCAUUGUGCCUAAGUACUGAAGUCCUAUGUAAAGUCACAACUUGUGGCUGCCGAGCCUUGACCCAGGCACCAUUCCUCUUGUCUGUGCUCUAGGCUGGCAUAUAGUUACUUUUUGAUCUAGUAGCUUCAGAUGUCAAGUUGCUUACACUUUUUGUACGUGCUGCUUAAGCUUUUCGGAUAUUGAAUUUUCUGCCUUUUGAUUUAUUGCAACAGCGUAAAAGCCAAUAAGUGAUCAUUGGGUGACAGGUCCGUAUUUGCUGGUACACACUGGACUUAGGCACAACAUCACAAUCUAUAGCACACAUCAGUAUACAGUCCUCUUUCUGACAGCAAAAAUAUAAGAAUUGAUCAAAACUCUUUGUUGCCCAUAGCAACCAAUCAGAGGUCAUCUUCUUAGAUGAAAGGUGCCAUGUGAUUGGUUACUAUGGGCAACAAAGACGGAUUCUCUUUUAGAUAAUUUGAUUCAUCUGCCCAUCUUAGAAAGUGACAUGAUGUCCAAAUCACCCAAUCCCUCUGGGACUUUUUCGACAACUUUUUUUACGCUUUAUAAAUAAAAAUACAGAAAUAGAAGUAA